UUGGCUGAGCGCACGAAGAGAGCUAACAAUAUAAUAAUUUAUGACGUACCAGAAUCAAACUUGGAUAAACCUUUACAAAGGCAGGAGUAUGAUAAAGAGGAGUGCAGGAAAAUUAUAACUUGUGAGAGCAAAAAAGUAAGCUGUGAUAAUAUGAAAGUAUUUCGUCUUGGUGCACGUAAGUCUCAAGCUGGGGCUCCUGCUCACCCCAUUGAAGUGGUAAUGAAGUCUAAGAAUGAUGCUAUUGAGAUACUUCGUAACAAAACUAAACUGGAUAAACCGUCAAUUAUUAAAUCAGACCAAACUGCCAACUUGAAGUACCUCCGUGAUGAAUUAGAGAAACAUACUAAUAAUCGAGAACAAGGCUUGACUAUCAAGUAUAUACAAGGGCAACCAUAUAUACUUGAUAGUCAAGCCUUGUUCUGCCAUAAAAAAGUAUAUAAAAGGGAAUAA